CAGGCUUAGAUUACCGUCUUACCCUUUAAAAGUGACUCCAUUCAAUCAACACUUUACUCCUUCCAAUACAUCAUAUCAUAUCAUAUCAUAUCAUAUCAUAUCAUAUCCCUUCCCUUCAAUCAUUCACCUUAUCAUUAGUGAUUAAGGAGUACUCGUACGCACCAAACAAAAUUAUCAUUAAUCCCUAAUUGUAAAAGGUCAAUCAAUGAUCAAUCAUCCCUUUAGUCUUUCAUAAAUUAUAUUAAAUAGCAAUCAUGGAUUACAACGUUGUAUCAUCAUACAAUGAGUUUCUUAAUCAAAUGGAAUCAUGUGGUUUCAAUGAUAAUCAAAUCACUUUAGAACCUUCCAGUUCAAAUCAUGACUCCUAUCAAUCUCCUUCACCGGUAUUACAAUCUCGUCCUUCAAGUUUAACCAAUUUAAGAAAUAUAAUAGUUGAUGGCAAUUCUCCUCCUAAAGAAGAUUUAUUAAAAUGGUCAAAAUUAAAACAUUCAUCUCCAACUCAAUCGGAUUCUCAUCAACAACAAUUGCUUAAUUUAAAUCUACAUCGCGAUAUAAAUUCUUAUUAUGAUGAUUUAACUGGGUUAAUUUAUCGAAUUCCUUUUAAUCAUGGUAAUCAUGAUAGUCAAAUACAUCCUCCAAAUAAAGAUAGUAUCGCAAGUAAUAGACUGUCAUUUACUUUCUUACCGGAUGAAUAUCAUAAUUUCUUCCCCUCUGGAAUAUCAUCUUCAACUCCACCACCUCCCCUUCAAAGAUCUUCAUCCCCGUUUAAAGUGGAUAAAGAAUUCAUAUUAUCACCUAUAAUGAAUGGAUCAGGAUUCCUUCACCCUCAUAAGGAUUUUGAAGAUGAUGAUGGAUAUUUCUCUGAUGAAAAUGAAGAAGAUUUCGAUGAUGGUUAUGAAGAUUAUGAAAAUAUCGAUGAUGAAUUUAAUCCAAUCAUGCCUGGUUUAUUCCCAAAAAUGGAAAUUAAUGAUGAUGAUACAUUUAUGAAAUUUGAUAAAUUACCAUUAACCCCUUCAUUUGUUUCAAAAUAGAUUAAAUUAGUUUUUAUAGCCCUUCUUUUUAUUUCUGGCUUGGCUAUGUUUUUGUUUUAGUUCUUUCUUUUUUACUUUAGACUGGUUCUUAAUUGGUAUUAUUUUCUUUUGCUUUGUUUUAUUUUAUUCUGGUGGUAUUUAUGGGCAAUGGAUGAUUAAUUCAUCCUACUACUUUUAUUUCAUUUACUACAAAUAUAUUUAUGGUAUCUA